AUGAAAAAUUUUCUUAUAAAUUACAAUAUAUUACAAACUCCCAAACGAUCUAUUAAUGUUCGUGAUACGAAACAAAAAUUUGAAAACAAAAAGAAUACUUUCAUUCCUGAUCUUCUUCAAGAUAUCAAAUCCUUAUCAAUCUCAAGUGAAAAGCAGUUCGAUGGUUUCGUUGUAAAGAAUCAUCAGAAUGAAAAAAUAACAUUCCCACUGAAACAAUUCGCUGUUCAAAUAAUUCAACAUUUGACCAAUUCACGAAAUCAGAAUAGUCAUACAAGUUUAUGCUGCCGUCGAAAAGCUAAAACAAUCCAUCAAAAUGAUUCCCUAUAUGCUCAACAACCAAUACAAUCGAACUAUAAACUGAAUGCAGAUAAUAAAACCCAUGAUAGCAGUGAUUCUUCAAAAUUUCGUCUAGAAUAUUCUUCUAAUCAAUCAAAAAUAAAUAGACAAUGUUCAGAAAAGCAUAGUCAUUAUAAUAAUAAUAAAUUCCAUAUGAGAUUCAAUCAAAAGCAAUUUUAUGAACUUCUUGAAGACUUAGGAAUAUCUUUUAACGCCACCAAAUACAGCCGGCAAUCAAAUCAAGAACAAAAAUCUCCUCAAUAUAAAUCCGGUUCGCAAACAAAAGCAAUUGAUGCUAACAAUAUCCCACAAGAUUCAAUUUCAUCAACGAACGAAGAGCAAGAACUUUCCUUAAAACCAUCAAACACGAAACAACAGUACAAUGAAAUGAAUAUUCGUGAACUUGUCAAUACUGUUCGAACAGAAAUCGGUGAAUUAAUUGAUGCCGAUAAAAACAAAUCAAAAGAACAGUUUUUAUCAUCUAACCAAAACUCUCCGUCUUCGAGUAAUGAAAAUAUCAAUAGAUCAGAACGAAUAACGAAAUCAAAAAAAAAUUCGCAAAAAACUAACGCCAACAAAAGGAACCGUAGCAAAAACAAAAAACUCAAAUCUAGACAAAGUAGUACAAGCAAUGAGACUGCGUCAAGCAAAAAAAUAAAAUCCAAAACAUCAUUUCAGCAUGACAAACAAAAAUCUAAAAAGAAAAAUAGUACAUCAAAAUUAAGUAAUCUAUUCAAGCCAUCAAAUACGCAAUCUGAUGAAAUCAUGUCAACUGAACAAUGUAAUAAUUGUUGUUGUAAUUUUCUUCAUUAUUCUCUUAGACAAAUAAUGCGUGACACUGAGCAAAUGAAACAAUUUGCCUUAAACACAACCAUGAUUGGUAUCGACCCAUCGAAACUAAAGGAUCCCAAUGAUACUCUCGGUCCAGCUAUUUGUAUUCCGAUGUAUAACUGUGAAAACAUUCGUGACCAACGAUUUCCUAUGGGACCUACUUUUACAAGCAUUUCGAAAAAUGAAAUUGAUAAUGACGAAAAAAGAAAUUCAAUGAUUGUACAAAGCAUAAAUACUCAGCGUGGUCCGAUUCAAAUAAAACUUGAUCCACAAUCAUUCGGAUUAGCGCCAUUUUUUUCUGAUCAAUACGAAACAUUUAUUAAAGGUCCACCAAGUUCAAUAUUUUUAACGAGUUACAUUAAUACAUUUAAUAAAUAA